UGUAAGCAAAAACGCGAAAAAGGAAUUCCCGGCUAAAAACACUUUCCUGCUUUGGUAUCGCCACUGCUUCCUGUUUGCGACUCCUCGAUCAUUCCGGGCAAUGAACUUGCUGCACCAUUAGUACUACUGCUGAUACUACAAUCCAUUGUAAGCCGUGUUCCCGAUUCCGAGUGCGCUUGCUGGCCCAAACAAACCGACUUGCCGUCGAAAAUCAGGUCUGGCAAAGAUAGCUCUCCGGAGAAAAGUGUCCACUCGUUUACACUCUGGCCACGUUAGCGCAAUUAAAACACCGGCGUAAUGCAGCAGUCAGCGAUCGAUAAACGACAGAAGCACGAACGGAACUUCUGCCAUCCAUGAUGAAGGAAACGAAGCUUUGAUAAACUCAAGGACAAGCCGCUUCGAUCGCAUGCCGCAGUCGUUUUUGGAUUCAACCUGUCUUCCAACGCCGACGAUUGUUUGGCCCGUGUGCGCUAUUCAUCCAGUGCGCUGCAAACAGGAUGGCCACCUACAACAAUGUCCACUGGUUGCUGUCGCACAUACGCAACUCCUUCAUCUCGACGGACGAUACCGGCGUCAGCGAGACGGUAAUGGUAACGGAGGACCUUCCGCAGCAGUACGCUGCCCGGCAGCGUCAAACCCUGCAACUAAUGAAAGAGGAGGGUGACGCUUACCAGCCACAAUUCGAUCGAAUCCCAUCGGAAGCCAUGACGCCCCCGGAUGGAACCGAGGAGAUGGAUGCACGGUUUGGCGUUGAUUAUCAGUACUUUUACUGUUACCCGGGACUGGACGAUACGGAUGAAGAGGACGGGGACGCAUUGUCACAAUCGUACGACAUCCAGAUGGACCAAGACGGUGGCUUUCAUCGGACACGUUCAAACACGGCACAGAAACUGGAGAAGCUGGAAAAGGCACGGCAGAAGGCCGCACUCGUCAAGUCCGUAAAGCCCGUGGACCAUUUGCCGCGGCCGACGGAGGAGGAACUGAAGGAGGACGAUUAUUUCUUCUGUCGUAGAACAGUACCGAAGGUGUUGGCGCAGGCCCCUUCCAGUUCGUUGCUCAGUGAACAGCUUAGGGCACACCCGACACUGCCACGGAAUAAGUUCCUCGAGUACGCCAAGUUCGAUGGUACCGGCCACAUCGAGAUGCCUACACGUACGUUCAAGAUAUUUCUCACCAUUCUACCGGAGGAGCAGCGUGCCUUUCCGAUACCAGUCUGCGUACAGGGUGCGGCUAAGAUACAGGAAUUUGUGGGGCUGAUCUGUUACAAAUGCAGCAUAGCACAUCCGGAGCACGAACUGCGCUCCGUGAGCCACUACGGGCUGUACAUGACAGAGGAGGACGGCGAGGUAGACACGGAUUUCCCAGCGCUCGAUAUGAACGAACCGUGCUCAAAGUUUCGCUUCACACACCUUGCACUGGCGGAGCGACGGCUUGCGAGUAGCGCCAGUCAGCAAACGUAUCCCAUUCAAUCCACCGUCGGACCAGCAAACGAAUCAUUUCGAAUCGAACCGUUCGAUGUAGACACGAAACGAACCAGCCUUUCUAGGAGCAAACCAAUGGGAAAACACGAAACAUCAAGUUUACCCGCACCACUGCGAUCACUAGAAACGGCAACGCGCUCGUUAUCACUUUCGAGCGCCAAUCGCGUCAGCAUCCAGCAACAGGAGGAUCUUGAUCGUAUCAAGCUGCGAAGUCACACUUCAAAAAUCGAGGCCCCACUGUACCGGUCAUUUCAGGUGCAUGUGCUGCAAAAAUCGCGCCUCAAGACCCCCGUACAGCUCGGCAUAUCGAGCGAUCGAUUCGAGAUCGAUCCCGUGCCGCAACGGGCAAGCAAAUUUUGGAAUCGACAGAAAUCUGCCAAUCACCCGAUGGAUGCUGUGGCUGCCUGCUCGAUCAUUGAGCAAAAGGCAGCCAAAGCGAUCGUACGGCUUGUGUACAGUGCAUCAAAUAUGGCAGUGCUCGCCAGCAGCGAAGGAAGGAUGGAGGCACCAGUUAGCUUCAAGCAUUAUGACAUCGAAACCGACCGCAAUACUGCGGAAACGAUUGUCGAGAAAGUGAACAACAUCCUCGAGGUACGGCUUAGCCCAGUUAGAAGAGAGUAUAUGCGACGCCGUGGGACACUUAAAUCGCCCAACAGUGCGUAGCAGCAGUAGAAGGGCUAGGCGCCCGACGAAGGUAGUAGUAACGAACAAGCAAAUCAAGGAAUUUAAGCUCCACAACUGCCAUUACACAUAUGUACCCGUUCAACAAACACACACACAGACACACACUAUCACCACUCACAUCAUGAACAAUAGGAAACGAAGAGCAACUAUUUAUUUUAAUCCAUUCCCACCAGAAAGGCAAUCCGUCGGCCGCCUCUCGGGCAGCUCGGGAUGAAUCAGUGACGGCGACGACUACGACAAGGAUUAGCUAGCAUUAAGACUACUCGAGAUGGCGAUUAUUAAGGUUUAAUAUUUAUUUUCAUAACAACAUCAACAAAACCUGCAUCAUCCA